UUCCUUGAUGACUUAAACAGAUGGAGUCUGCUUCUCAUUUCUCCUUUUAUUUAUCCUGAUAAGUUACUUAAAGCAGAACAUAUAGCUUUUGUGACAGAAAGCGUUUCAGCUCAGACAGAUAAUUUGCAGAAAGUACCUGGCUCUUCAAAAGAGAUUGUGAAGUGGUCAGACUAUUGUUCACCGUUGGCCUGUAAACCUGGUGAGCCUUAUAAGUUAAUUGCUGAAGCAAGUGUUGAUAAUUUCAGUAACCUUGGAAUAGCAUUCAUGGAAGACAGGCUUCAAAUGGAUAACGGAAUGGUGCCACACAAGAUUGUUUCUGUCCAUUUACAGGAAUCUACUCUGCAGGAGUUGGUACAGGUGACACGAUCUGCAGAAGAGCAAAGUGUAAGCAGCACACAAAUGGAUGAGGUAACUCCUCCUGCUACUUUUGGUGCUACUGUUAAAUCAGGAUUAGGAGUAGCUGAGUCUGCAAGACACAGUGAAGAGAAGAAAUUACAGCUAAAGAAAGAAAGUGAGCAUGAAGAUGAGAACAGCAGUUUGUCUGACAAAGAGAAAGGCGCUGGAGAUCAUCAUCACUUGCAUCUUUCCAGCUGUCAUGAAUGCCUGCAACUUGAAAACAGUACUAUUGAGUCAGUCAGAUUUGCCUCUGCAGAAAACAUUCCAGAACUUUCUGAUGAUUGCAGUAGCAAACUGGAAGAGAAGAAUGAUGAUUGUCUAUCAAGAGGAAUAAAGAGAGUAAACCUUGUUGGAAAGCCCCCUAAUAUAUUGAUUUAUCUUGGCUCUGAAACUGCAAAGGUGGAAUUUGAGCAGGUAAAAUCAAUCCUUCAGGAAUGCAUUGAUGCAGACAGCUACACCAUCUACCAGCUGCAUGAGGAACAAGUUCUGAAAGCUCCGUGGAUUGAUAAUUCAAUACUGUUGAUCAUUGCCACAGAGGAGCCUAUUUCUGAGGAGAACCACAAACAAUUUAUGAAGUUUUUAUGUAAAGGUGGAAAGAUUCUAGGGUUUUCAUCGUCUUUUACAUUUGAUGGCAUACAAAUAAAGAAAAAUAAACUGAAGAAGACUGUUCAUGAAUUAGUGGUCUCUAAAAUGGACUGCACUGAAAUUAAGUUAAAUCUUUUGGUCAGUGGCUGUAUUUUUGAGGAAGUGAUGAAGGAAGAUACCUGCAAAGUUAAGACAUUGAGUCGAUUAAAUAAUGCUGAUAAAGAUAUCGUUAUUGUUCAUCUGACUUAUGGAGACAGUGGAGGAGAAGCGAUUCUUUCUCAGGUACUGCAUUUGCAGAAGCAUGAAUUUGCUCAUUGUUACAUGAUGUUGUG